GCCUCUGAGCUUGAAGACACCGGAAACGACGAAAUACUGCAGCCAUUUUGCAGCAAUUUCAGGACAGCAGGGCUAGGACAGCGGUCUCCGGACAGAGUAUCUAAAAUAGCGCAGAAUUAUGGCGGGGACGACGAGACAUAUUACCAUUCAGAAAGAUCAAAAAUUUCCUCAGUUGGAGAGAUGCACAAAAUGCUGCAAGAAUUUUCAUUGUCCCUUUUGUAUGGCCAGUAUAUUUAAGCCCAGCAGACCAGACAAAGUCAAAUUACACAUGAAAAGCCACUGUAACAAAGCAGUUGUCCAUGGAGAUUUCAUUAUUCACAGAUGUGGACUGGGCUGUAGAGCAUCACUUCAUUAUCACUGUAUGUACUGUCCAACAACCAUUCUUAGGAGAGGCGAUUUUAAAAACCAUUUACAAGUCUGUAAACAUAAUCCGAAUUCAGAAUCAGCCUCAAAAACGCUGUCAAGCACCAGUACGCCAGUGACCUCUCCGACAGUUAUAAACACACCAUCAGUCAUCGAUACAGCAGAGUCCAUUCCUUCAAUCCCAUACACACCGCCAACCACCAGCACAGAUAGGACCGCUCUGACGAUCACAGACACACCAUCAACCACCACAGCAGCAGGAAAGUUUCGCGUGCGGCCUGUUAUUAAAAAAAGAUGCCCAUCGUGCAAUAUCCUCAUCAAUAAAAACAACCUACCAAAGCAUAUGGAGCGCAAACACACAGAUCAGUCGGUAUUGGACAUCGGUGAGACAUUUCAGCUUACAAGCCAAUGUAUAGAUGAGACAAAUGGGAUAUUUGCAGUUCUCAAAGUCGUAAAAGGCCACGGCAUCCCGCUUCACGUCCAAUACCAGACAUUGGAAGAAAACAACAGAGUCCUCUGCGAAUCGAACGAGUGCCAGAUUAACAUAGAUGUAGCGCAGAGGAGCGGCAUCACAUCGUACCAGUGCAUGCAUAUCAGUGCAGCGAGCUUUUGCAAGUCUUUGGUUGAUCAAGUCUCUCUGGAGGAAGACGUUUUAACCGAGAUGGUGAGAGGAAAAUGGUUCAGCGAGAAAAAGAAAAAAGAAUGCCUCGCUCUGCAACAGCUUGCUAAUAGUAGCUGCGUACCGCUUUCUGUUCACACCUCAAUUGGGAUCUCGCCAGCAAAAAAGUUCAUUUCAGUUUUUGAACCCAAUGUAUCGUCUUAUAGUCGCUUGGGUCGUGUCAUGGUUGUAUAUAACACAAAAUUAGACUCUUGGCACUGUCCUUGUACCAAACUGCGACGUUCAUGUCUGCAUAAAUAUGUCGCCAAAUGGCAUCUGUUUCAAACGCAACGAGAGCUUUUCAGAACUGAGGGGUCGCCACAUAAGCCAUAUUCAGAAGAAGAGGACAUUACAGACAACAGUCAUGUGUAUCCACCGAAAGGUCGGGGAUUGAAGUAUAUGGUGAAUUACAUUCUUCAGAACAAGAAGAUACCUGCCGUUCUUCCUGAAGAUAUGCGGGUGCCAUCGCCAUGCAAAGAUUAUCCACAAAACCUUUGUGCAAAUGAAAACGUGUGUCAGGAAUGUCCAGGGGAUGUGCUCCUCAGCGAUCCUAUGCUAAUUACACCGAACGCCAAAAUCCUGACCAAUUGGUGCAUUAUUAAAGAUAUCGCCACUUACUGUAAGCAGUGCCCGCAGUGUGGGAUGUUUUAUCGUUAUCAAGAGUGGAAAGAUCGCCUCCAUAACUUCAAUGAUCACAUCAUUCUUGACAUACCAUUAUGUUUAACAUUGAGAAACCUUCUGCAGGUCCAUACUUCAGUGAGCAGAGCAGUUGAGUUUUUACAACUUACGACAGGAGUGGAGUUUCCACCUCCAGACACAAUGCUGGAUGCUUAUUUGCAGUUUGAAGCCCUCACAGAUCAUGAAUACAAGUAUUCAUGCCCCACCUGUGGCGAUCAUCCUCCGGUGGUUAUCAUGGGUGUACACAAACAGACUGCUUCUCCAUUAUCAGAAAAUGACAUUGAAAAACCUCCAGAGAAUUUUAAAGGGGAGGUCAAUCUGGAAGAGUUCUGGGAGUCACUGUCAAAAGAGAUGAUCUGUCGAGGAUUUGUUGCAAAUGGCGAACACAAUCCAUUUGCAGUACCGCCAAGUUAUCACUUUUGGGCUCCUUGGAUUGGCAAAAACACACGGCAUUCAGACACUGUGCUAAACACAGAGUUUCAGAAAGUCCACACUUCAUCAGAGAUUUUAAAUAUGACAGUUACAGAGGAAAGACUCAGAGAAGAACUGUUCAAACAGAAGGAUGACGUGAUUAGAACUUUAUGCAUUGAAUGCGGUGUGGACUCCACUGGAUCUCGCAGCGAUCUCCUUCUUAGAUUGUACAAAGAAUUGAAAUCCAAGCAAACAUAUGUCAAAAUCUAUUCAAAAAUCAGGAGUGCCUCUGGAGGCUGGGGAGUCAUUAUGUGCCCCUGUGGAAUUGUUUACAGCCUAAAAUGCAAUCUUUGCGCUGAGAGCCCUCAAGAUUUUGCCGAUUUGCUGUUAUCAUGGCAUCAUAUGCCUAAUGUCAUAAUUUAUGACUCUGCACAGGCUCUUGCAAAACACACCAAUCUAAGGGCACCAGAAAAGUUACCCUUCUCUCCAUUUGAAGGAUGUCUGGUGGAACCCACUCAAGCUAACAAAGAACUGGCCAGAUGUGGACAGCUGAAAGCGUCCCUGCCCUGGCUGGAUGAAAAAACCAGAGGGACAGUUCCUCACGGACACCCAGUGACUGGUUCAGCUGAUCAUUACGUACUUUGUGCCCAUUUUCAUGAAGGCAGCACAGAUGGAGAUGUUCUGAGGAAGCUCACCCUCGUGCCUCAGCUGGCUGACAAAGUCAAUAGUGAGAUUUCAGAAAAACUGUUUGCUCAAAUGAAGAAGAACGACUACUUUUUGGACAUGUCUUUGCCGUCUACACAUCUGUUUCAAAUGAGGAACAUCAUUCACCACUAUAAUGAGAACAAGGCCAACAAACUGAGCACCAGAUCAACCAAGAGUUUUGGAUCCAACUUGCUGACUGAAGCAGUGUCGGAAUCCUUAACCAGAAGCACAGAUGAUGUGAUGGAGGACACAAUCCUGACAUCUUUGAUGGUCCUGAGCGGCAGUGCUUGACUGGGCCUUCAGUACCAACAACCUAUUGGAGUUGAAACUAUAUUCUCAAAUCAUUAUUCUUGAAUAAUGAAUUGAAAUGUUAAUGACUGUGUUACCUGCCGUUAAAACCAAUUUUAUUUAUUUUUAUUAGAUACUGGGUUAUUUUUGUCACUAGUAUAAUGUAGCAUUGCAUUUUUGUCUGCAAAUUGCUUGUUUUUUCUAUUUAGAAUAAUUUUCAAUUCAAAACUGAUAAAACUGGAACUGCCUCCUGAUGAGUUUUUGGUCACUUUCUGCCAGAGUGUUAAUAUAGUUUAAAUAUGUUGUUUGAGUACUUUAGUUGUGAUGCUUAAAUUUUUAGUUUUAUUUAAAGCAGUACUGAAAUUGAAAUAUUUUAUUAGAAUUUUUUAUGGAAUGUUUAUUUUGUAUUGUAUAUAAUUAAACACACAU